UAAUGUGGGGGGAGGGGCUGACAGCUAUAGCAAAACAGCGGUUGUGGCGGCAUGAGCAGGCAGAUUGCAGGCAAGCGACCGAGCAAGCGGUCGAGGUGGCAGGGUUACGUUGACGACGGGCUGCUACGGACGGGACAAGUCUCGGAGGCUGCCAUUCACGGCUUGGACGGCAAGAGAUGGGCAUCUUCCCCUGGUCUCCUGAUCCCACCUUCGCAGAUCCGCCAAGCCGUUGCAAACAUCACUGGAGAAGAGUCGUUCAUGAAAAAGAACGGAAUAAAGUUAGGGGCUGAGCACUAUAUAUUCCUAAGGACCGAGGGGGGAAGACUCAUGUUGGGGAGAAAGGGGGGUGACAGUGGGGUGUGUGUGGUGAAGACAAGGACUGCUGUACUGGUGGGGACGUACGCCGCAGGCAUACAGCCAGCCCACUGCAGUGGAGUAAUGGAGAGGAUGGGAGAAUACCUCAUUCAACACAAUCUGUAGCACACACACACACACACACACACACACACUUCCCUGUUUUGAUCAUUGCCAUAAUUAACUUGCACUAUUAUAGCAUUUUUUGGUUGCCAAUAAUGUUCUCCUUUAUCUGUUUACACGUGUCAAGACUAUUAUAAUUAUGCAGUGAAAAUAAUAUAGAUUGCAUGAGUUAUUGUGGUGAAGGUCAAGUUAAGACGUCAUGAUUCUUUGGUCAUAAGUUUUCUCAGUGAAGUGUCCAACUGGUGGAAAUGACGGUCCACUAUACUGUCCAGAGUCUUGGAAAACAUUUCCUCGAGUUCCUGAGGCUCACAACUGCUCUCUUCCCUCUCUAACCUCCUUCCCUCUCUGCCUCCCCCUCUCUCUUUCUCUCUAUUUUCCUCUCCGCCUCUUGAAUGCACAUCUCCAGCUGCAGAUGAAAUUGUUCUAGCUGUAGGAUCUCUACUAGCUUCAGAACGACUGACAGGCUGUAGUGGUACAAAUCCUUCACCAUCAGUGUAUCCAGUAGAGGAGGUGGUAGUAAGAGGAAAAGGAAGAGAUUCUGACACCACACUUCCCUGCUGUGAUUGAUACUGAACUUUCAGUUCUGGAGGAGUUUUAGUAUUUCUUCGUGGGGGGUUUAGAGUUGGCGAGCUCUUGCACGAUAUAAUUCUGUCAGU